CAUGAAAUUUCCAUCGCACAUCCCAUGUUAGAAAUCCAUUUCCCCUCGGCAUACUCUCAGUCUUUACUGUUAGGACAAGAUUGACCGCUGACAGAUAUUGUCUCGAACGGUGGUCAUUGGAAACUGGUACCCUCGAUAUCGCCUAUUUCCGCGCUCUCCGUCGAAGCCCAACCUUGACUGCAUUUGCUCGAAGUGUUCCAACAGCAAGCAGUCGCUACGUCAAACCGAGCCACCAAGUGCCACCAACAAGUGGACAGCGACUCUUGACACACACACAAGUCCACGACCUCGAGUACAUCACUUGGCCCACACCAGUGCUGCGCCACGGCAGCGACCCUCUCAAGAUGGGCAACCAAAUAUCAAAGAUGCUGGGCAAGAUCUUUGGAUCACGAGAAAUGCGCCUCCUCAUGCUCGGCCUUGAUGCAGCGGGUAAAACAACAAUCCUCUACAAGCUCAAGCUCAACCAAGAUGUCACGACGAUCCCUACCGUCGGCUUCAACGUCGAGACGGUCACGUACAAGAAUGUCAAGUUCAAUGUGUGGGAUGUGGGUGGACAGGACAAGAUCCGGCCUUUAUGGCGGCAUUACUUCUCUGGAACUCAGGGUUUGAUUUUUGUCAUUGACUCCAACGACCGAGCGCGGAUAGACGAGGCCCGGCAAGAACUCCACAGGAUCAUCUUGGACCGGGAAAUGAAAGAAGCGCUGUUGUUGGUGUUUGCCAACAAGCAGGAUAUCCCCGGCUCAAUGACACCCACAGAAGUGACGGAGAAGUUGAGACUGGCUCAAUUGAAGGAACGCACUUGGUAUGUGGUACCUAGCUGCGCGACUACUGGCGAAGGUCUACUGGAAGGACUGAGUUGGCUUUCUACAAAUGUCAAACAACAACCUCGACAAGCACCUGCCAAGUAGAUGCAAGGUGGUCCUUUAGUGGGGCGGCAGGAUACAUACUGUACCAUGCCUUGAUCCGAAGGGGAGGUCGGCGAGCGCGGGAGUUGAGAUACCUAUUUGCAAGCGUUUUCGCGAGGGAGUAUAGUAUUCAGCGCAUCGGUUCUUUUGUUGGCCGGCCCAUAGAUACAGAUUCUAACAACAAGACGCAAAUGAUUCAUGACCAGUCAAUGGACCGAGUCUCAUCAAGCAAGACCAUACGCAUAGCAUAUGCGUAGAGCCAUGUCAUGCCGGAAACCAGGGGUUGUGUUUGCACAGCACCGAGUAUUGUUGCCCUGACAGCAUAAUUGCGAAGUCAUUGGCCUGGUGUGACAAGGUGAGAUUGGCGGGGCACAAAUGAUGAUCCGACCGUGAAACAUGAAACGAGAAGCAAGUGGCAAGCAGGCAUGGUGGUGUGGCAGGACAAUUAAGCUCCUUCGGGGAUGGGCAGAUGGGCAUCAUUAUUGAUGGUUCACAGCCUGGUCGUCAAGUCAGACUAUUCUGCACGACACAUAAUAGUAAUAGCAUUAAUUAAAUAAUGAU